GAUCUUUAAAAGCCGCUGCUUGCUGUGUCUCUCGCUGUCGGUUUGCCUCCUCAGGCACUGCAGGGGGACUCCUGGCUGCCUCUCGUCAGAACACGCUGUGCACCCAUCACCGCUGAACAGAGGGAGAGAGGGAGAGAAAGAGAAAGAAAGACAGAAAGAAGAAGAGGAGGAGUGAGAGACACAAAAACAGAGAGGGGUGAAGCAAAACAGCCCCUCCAGAAAUAGCAUCCACCCAAAAAAAAACCCCAUAAAUCGGCUGGCACCUGAGGAGGACCUGGGAUCUGGACGAAAUGCCUCUCCUCUGUGAUCUGAUGGUCCUUGUGCUGCUGCUCCUCGGUCAGUCCGGUCCCUGGACGCUUGCCAGCCGCCCUGGACCCCAGAAGGGGUGCCCCUCCUGCAGGGACCCCACAGGGGCCAGCCGGGGCCCCCGGGAGCAGACGGGGGAGGCUAGCACGUCCUUCCUGGCCCUGGGGGAGCCCUGCGGCGUGUACACCCUGAGCUGCGCCAGGGGUCUGCGCUGCGUGCCCCCGCACAAGGAGCACAGCCCCCUGCAGGCUCUGUUGCAGGGCAGGGGCGUCUGCUCCAAGUACGUGAGGCCCAGCCCCACAGAGAGGCCCCACCCCACAGGUCCACACCCUUCACACAGUGGAGAGCUGGACAAAGCUCCAUGUCGUAAGAUGCUCAAUGCCAUGCUGAGGCGCCUUGAGCUCACAAUAUUCCAGUCAAACCGUGACAUUUACAUCCCCAACUGUGACACCCGUGGCUUCUACAGGAAGAAGCAGUGCCGCUCGUCCAAGGGCAUGCAGCGGGGCCUGUGCUGGUGCGUGGACGAGCAUGGCACGUCACUGCCAUCACGGCCCUCUGAGGACGGCACCUUGCCGUGUGACGGCGAGUGAGGGCCGCCCCCUGCCACCGAGCCCUAAGCCUGGAGGAAGAGGAGAUGGAGGAGGAGGAGGAGGAGGAGGAGGGGGGAGGGUGGAAAGGUUUUAGUGUGCGCUGGAUCCUGCCUGGCUGAGGAGAGGCCUGGAGAUCAACCUCCCAUGCCUGUGAAAAACUACAAAGACCCUCUCACGAUGAGUUCACCUUGCAAUGAAGUCACACCACGAGGCAUCCGUAACCACAGUGGCCAGUUCACCACUAAAGCUAAGUCCAUAACCCCUUGAUCAAUUCAUAGAGAUGCUCCGUACAGAAUCAAAAUAUGAUGACUGGCAUCGUUCCCAUCACCUCCCCUUGUGUCCCAGCUGUAUAUUCUUUUUAACAUUGAAUUGUAAGUUAUCUGUUUCUUCAGUGUUCUGCCUAAGGAAAAAAUGACAACAGAAGUAUUUUCAUUUGCUUUCCAGAGUAAAAGCAGUCCAAUUUCAAAAGACACAGUAUUUAGACAAGGCAUUCCAAUGAAAAAAACAUAAAUAAUCCAUGGUAAAAUAACCAUGGAAUUAAAAAAAGAUCUCCUUUUAAUCAGCACAGUAGAGUCAUCCUGCUUGCGAGCAGCUCAUUUUUAGGUCACUUGCACCAGAUUGUCUAUAAAUAUACUUGGCUGAAAGUGGCCAUAUUUAUAG